AGCCCUGCUUCUUAUUGUCUUUUUGACUAUCUCUUUGCUUCAGAGUUGAGACAUCUCAGUGUUCAGAAUGAUAUCUCUCAAAACCUUGAUUCAAAACCUGAUGGAUGCCAUAACCCAUUUGGAUUUUUUCUCGUUUGUGUUUCUUGCUUUCUGGGGCAUUUUUGCAGUCACUUGGUAUGCAUGGCUUUGCUUCAACAAGCGCGACGGCUCCGACACACCGCCAGGUCCACCAGGCCUUCCCUUGAUCGGCAAUCUUCUAUCUCUCGAUCCUGAGCUUCACAAAUACUUCACCUCUUUGUCUCAAACCUACGGUCCCAUCUUCUCGCUCCAACUUGGUUCCAAAUACGGCGUCGUCGUGUCCUCCCCUUCAAUGGCUCGUCAAGUUCUCAAAGACCAUGACGUCAUUUUCGCCAACGGCGACGUUCCGGUGGCCGGCAGGGUGGCGACCUACGGUGGAAGAGACAUAGUUUGGACUCCCCAUGGAUCUGAGUGGCGAAUGUUGAGGAAAGUGCUUGUGCAGUGGAUGCUCAGCAACACUAACUUGGAUUCCGUCUACGUGCUCCGUCGCAAGGAGGUUCGGAAAACCGUGGGCUAUCUGUACAGUCGGUUCGGGUCUCCGGUGGAUGUUGGGGAGCAGAUGUUUAUGACGGCGUUCAACGUGGUCACCGGCAUGGUAUGGGGCGGGACGGUGGAAGGCAAUGAGAGGGUUACUGUUGGAACAGAGUUCAGGGAAGUGGUGGCGCGUGUGACGGAGCUAUUGGGGAAGCCAAACUUGUCGGACUUCUUUUUUGGGUUGGCGAGGUUUGAUUUGCAGGGAGUAGAGAAGCAGAUGGGUUUGUUGGCUCAACAAUUCGAUCAGAUCUUCGAGAAGAUGGUAAACCAACAGAAAAGAAGAAACAAGGAUCAGAGUGGCAACGGAGAAGAGAGUAUAGAUUUUUUGGAUUUCUUGUUGAAAUUGAAGGAUGAUGAAAGUUCCAAAAUACCGCUCACAAUGGCUCACAUUAAGGCCCUCCUCAUGGACAUCGUAGUGGGUGGGACUCACACAUCUGCAAACACAAUUGAGUUUGCAAUGACUGAAAUUAUGUCCAAUCCAGACAUGAUGAAAAGGAUCCAACAAGAAUUGGAAAGCGUAGUGGGAAAAAAUAACGUAGUAGAAGAGUCUCAUAUUCACAAGCUUCCAUACUUACAUGCCAUUCUAAAAGAAACUCUAAGGUUGUAUCCAGUUAUUCCACUGUUAGUUCCUCAUUGUCCAAGUGAAACUACUACUAUAGGAGGCUAUACAAUCCCCAAAGGUUCUCGUGUUUUUGUGAAUGUAUGGGCAAUACAUAGAGACCCUUUUGUUUGGGACAAUCCUUUACACUUUGAUCCUUCUAGGUUCUUAGAUUCACGGUUGGAUUUCAGAGGUAAUGACUUCAGUUAUUUACCAUUUGGGUCUGGACGAAGAAUAUGUGCAGGAAUAGCCUUGGCUGAGAAGAAUUUGUUGUAUUUUGUUGCAACAUUAAUGCAUUCAUUUGAUUGGAGAGUGCCUCAAGGUCAAAAGUUGGAUAUCUCUGUUAAGUUUGGCAUUGUGCUAAAGAAGAGAACACCUCUGAUUGCUAUUCCCACACCACGAUUAUCCAACCAAGCUCUUCAUGAGUAGAUUCA